GGGUGAGGUCUGUGACAAAAAAAAAGAAAGAAAAAAGAGUCAGCCACACGGACACCAGGACAGAGAACAGGACGUCAAGAAAAAAACAGCUGCCUCUGCGAGACAACACACACACCAUGGAUUCUAAUGGAGGACACUACCUCAACAAGGAAGCUGUGCUGUCACCUCUAGGUGCAGCCCGAAUGUGCCAGCUGCUAUUCGGCUGCACCAUAAUGUCCCUUGUGUCCCACGGCGCGGACUACAGCGCCACCUACGGAACCUUCUGCAUGUUUGUGUGGUGCUUCUGCUUUGCUGUCACACUGGUCGUGUUCGCCAUGGACAUCACGCGGCUCCACUCGUGCAUGCCCAUCUCCUGGGAUAACUUCACCGUGGCGUUUGCCAUGCUGGCAACGCUCAUGUACAUCACGGCCUCUGUGGUCUACCCUGUUUACUUCCUCCAAACGGAGUGCCCCGAUGAGGACUGCGAGGCCCAAAUCUACCGCAUUGCCGUCACCGUCUGCUCCAGUCUCUGCUGCUUCCCCUACGGUGCUGAGGUGGUCCUAACUCGAGCCAAGCCGGGGGCUGUGGUGGGUUACAUGGCCACCGUGUCCGGGCUACUCAAGGUGGUCCAGGCCUUUGUGGCCUGCAUUAUUUUCGGAGCCCUGGCCAACGACAGCGAGUACACCCUCCACAUUGCCACCCAGUACUGCGUGGUGGUGUACAGCCUGUGCUUCUCCGUCACUGUCGUCGUGGUCAUACUGACCGUUUCUGGUCGGACCUCUGCCCUGCGGUUCCCCUUUGAUCGCUUUGUGGUCGUCUACACCUUCUUCGCUGUGAUCCUCUACCUCAGCACUGCACUGACCUGGCCCAUCUUCAGCUUCGACAAAAAGUACGGCACCACUACUCGUCCCGAGGACUGCCCACGGGGAGACUGUCCCUGGGACAGUAAGCUGGUGGUGGCAGUGUUCACCAACGUCAACAUGAUCCUAUAUUUCGUAGACCUCGUUUACUCCCAGAGGAUUCGCUUUGUCUCCAGCUCUGCUGUCUGAACCCCUACUCCCCCAAAGACUGUUUGGAUUCAGAAACAAAUGAAGAAGCUUUGAGUCAACAUUAUGCUCUCCACAUUCAGGUCUCCGUGAAGGAAUAAUUCCCUCCAUAGAUCCAUGGUGUCAUAUCUAUGUGU